AUGUUAUCAACCGUCCUAGUGAUCUUUGCGAUCAUUCUAGUGAUUCUGACUCGCAAACACAAAACUAAUCUACCCCCAGGACCGAAAGGUAAAUUCCUCAUUGGAAAUUUGUUGGACCUUCCCUCGUCAGGAACACAGGAAUGGCAUCAUUGGCUGAAGCAUAAGGACCUCUACGGUCCUAUCAGCUCCGUCACCGUCCUCGGUAGGACCUUAAUUAUCGUCAAUGAUCGAGACCUAGCAUUCCAAAUCCUAGAAAGGAAUUCCGCAAAGCAUUCCUCACGACCACAUCUCGUCUUUGCCCAUGAUCUAGCCGGAUGGGGCAAGUUACCACUUAGUCAAGACAACACACCGCUUCUUCGAUCCUAUCGUCGCGCAAUCACCCGAGUGAUCGGAACGAGAGAAUCUGCGGCCAAAUUCAAUGGUCUGCUCGAAUUAGAGGCGAGACGGUUUGCAUGCCGUGUUCUGCACACGCCGGAGAAGUUCAUCGAUCAUAACAGGACCUCUUCUGGUGCUUUUAUUUUGAAUGUCACAUACGGCUAUUACGUCGGCCCUAGUGGUGAAGACCCUUUGGUACGCCUGGCCAAUCUUGCAGUGUGGCAGUUCGCCGAGGCUGCCAUGCCGGGGGCGUGGCUGGUUGAUUUCAUUCCGGCCUUGAAAUAUGUCCCGGCAUGGAUGCCCGGGGCUAAUUUCCAACGAGUGGCCAAAGCACACCUGCAGACUAUCACGAGUUUCGCAGAGAGUCCGGUUGCAUUCACCAAGUCUCAAAUAGACCGGGGCAAAGAUAGACUGUGCUUUGUUUCGACACUUCUCAGGCAAGGCGAAGAUGAAGAAAUCGUCAAAUGGUCAGCGGCGGGAAUGUAUGGCGGUGGAUCCGAUACGACUUCUGCAGUUCUAGAGGGGUUCUUUUUGGUCAUGAUGCUGUUCCCGGAUGUUCAACGCAAAGCGCAAGCCGAGAUGGAUGAGCUGUUCGGCAAGCCUACUUUGCCAUUGGCGACUGAUCGAGAAAGGCUGCCCUAUGUGGAUGCUAUCGUCAAGGAAACGAUCAGAUGGCACACUGUCGCACCCAUGGGUAUUCCUCACAAAACGGACGAAGACGAUAUCAUCAAUGGCUAUUUGAUUCCCAAAAACGCAAUCAUUCUACCGAAUAUAUGGGCAUUCAACAAUGAUCCGACGAUAUAUCCCAAUCCCCGUGAUUUCCGCCCCGAACGAUUCCUUUCCGAUCCAGUUCCUCUUGAGCCCGGAGAUGUAAGCUUCGGCUUCGGCCGCAGAAUUUGCCCUGGGCGUUUAAUUGCUGAAACUUCCAUCUUUCUCACGAUUGCACACACGCUGGCCGUCUUCGACAUCAAAAAGCCUGUAGAAAAUGGUAAAGAAAUCGAGCCCAAUGUCUAUUGUACACCGGGCCUUUUGACCCAUUUCGAUCCUUUCGAUGCGGUUCUUACUCCACGAAGUCAGAAGCAUGCACAACUCAUAGUGGAUUUCGAGAAAGAACAUCCCUUUGAGACGGGGGAUUCGGAGGUCUUGGCAGAUGUCUAUCAUUAA